GCGAACGGGUGUGCAGAUCUCAUUCAGGGAAGGGGAUGUGCGGGGGAAACUGUGCUUAGCAGUCGGCAUCCAGCUGUCAAGUCAGCAGCAGCAACCUCAAGGCUGGGAGGCGCGGCGUCAGCGAAGGACGAGGGGGGACAAGACAGUCCGACUGUCGCACUGAGGCCAGCUAUGGAAGCAGGGCGCUGGCACUGAAAGUGGACACUGGGCACCAACUCCGUGGGGUUUGUUCAGUGCCCAGCGCUCAGGAAAAGAAGUUGGCACAACCUUGUGGCCAGGUGUGACCUUCUAGAUGAUCUGGACUCCAGCCCACUUUUUGUUAGAAGUGGGGGGAUGCAUUUAAAUAUCCUGUUCAUGGACCGGAAGCAGGAUGGCGAGGAAGCCCCCAUCUCAAGCAGUCUAGAGCUGAAGACGCCGACUCUUCCCUCACUCCACGCACACGACUUCAAGACCUCUGAUUUGUUUGAAAUGAUUGAAAAGAUGCAGAGCAGUAGGAUGGAUGAGCAGAGAAGUGUCCUUCCACCCCCCUUGAAGACGGAAGAAGACUACAUCCCAUACCCUAGUGUACAUGAGGUCCUUGGACGCAAUAGUCCCUACCCACUUAUCCUCCUACCCCAGUUUGGGGGUUAUUGGAUUGAAGGGACUAACCAUGAGCUGAACAGCACCAAGGAUGCAGAGCUUCAGUCACUGCCCACCUCUCACAUCCGCCUCGAAUGUAACACUGUGGCCAAGCUCUACAGGAAGCAUUUUUUGGGAAAGGAGCAUUUCAACUUCUACUCAAUGGACAGCGCUCUAGGGCACCUUGUCUUCUCGGUGAAAUACGAUGUGAUUGGCGAUCAGGAGCACCUACGUCUCUUCCUACGAACCAAGUUUAAGACGUACCAUGAUGUCAUACCCAUCUCCUGCCUUACAGAAUUCCCCAAUGUGGUGCAGAUGGCCAAGCUCGUCUGUGAAGAGGUCAAUGUGGAUCGCUUUUACCCAGUCAUCUACCCCAAGGCCUCUCGGCUCAUUGUGACCUUUGAUGAGCAUGUGAUUAGCAACAACUUCAAGUUUGGAGUCAUCUACCAGAAGUUUGGCCAGACUACAGAAGAAGAACUCUUUGGGAACAAUGAAGAAAGCCCAGCCUUUGUGGAGUUCCUGGAGUUCCUGGGGCAGAAGAUUGAACUGCAUGACUUCAAAGGUUUCCGCGGUGGUCUAGAUGUGACUCAUGGGCAGACUGGCAUAGAGUCUGUCUACUGCAACUUCCGAAACAAGGAGAUCAUGUUUCAUGUCUCGACAAAGCUGCCAUAUACGGAGGGAGAUACCCAGCAGCUCCAGAGAAAACGGCACAUAGGAAAUGACAUUGUGGCAAUAGUCUUUCAGGAUGAAAGUACACCGUUUGUACCCGACAUGAUCGCUUCAAACUUUCUUCAUGCUUAUGUGGUGGUCCAGGUGGAGAACCCUUGCUCUGACAACAUUUGGUAUAAGGUAUCGGUAACGGCAAGAGACGAUGUGCCUUUUUUUGGACCUGCUUUACCAAACCCUGCUGUUUUCAAGAAGGGCAGCGACUUUCAUGAUUUCUUGCUGACAAAACUUAUAAAUGCAGAGUAUGCCUGCUACAAAGCGGACAAGUUUGCCAAACUUGAGGAGCGUACCCGUACUGCCCUGCUUGAGACACUCUAUGAGGAGCUGCACAUCAACAGCCAGUCGAUGAUGGGAAUGGGUGGAGAAGAUGACAAGAUGGAGAACGGUGCAGGAGGGGGAGGGGGCUUUUUUGAAUCAUUCAAGAGGGUCAUCCGCAGUAGAAGCCAAUCUAUGGACGCCAUGGGCCUCAGUAACAAGAAGCAAAACACGGUUUCUACUAGUCACAGCGGGAGCUUUACCCACAAUCCUCCAGAGACCCCCAAAACCCCUGGGAUAUCAUUGCUUGUGCCAGGGAAAAAUUCCAGUAAAUAUGGACGUCGUGGCAGCGCCAUAGGGAUAGGAACCAUAGAAGAGUCAUUGAUCAUCCCAGGGAAGAGCCCCACGAGGAAAAAGUCUGGACCGUUCAGCUCCCGGCGAAGCAGUGCCAUUGGAAUUGAGAAUAUCCAGGAGGUACAGGAGAGAAGCAGGGAGUGUUCUCCAAGUGCCCCAAAACACCCAGACAGUGGUCAUGUGUCCCAGGAGCCAAAGUCAGACAACUCAUCCAAUCAGAGUUCACCAGAGAUGCCCACCACCAAGAACAGCUAUUCUGUGUAUUGCAGGGCCGCCUCCAUCCCUGAAGACCAGGACUUGUCGCGCUCCUCAUCCAAUGCCAGCAGUUUUGCCAGUGUAGUGGAAGAGAAUGAGACCCUGGAGGACUAUGACACUGGCAUGGAAAGUCUGUCAUCUGCUGGAACACCACACAAGCGGGACUCCUUUACGUACAGUACCUGGUUAGAAGAUGGUACGGCCAAUGUAGGAGGAGGAGGAGGCAGCUCAGCAGCUCCAGCCAUGCGAGCCCACCAUCAGGAGUCCGUGAAGCCAGAGAUCCAAAUCAAGUUGGAGAAGCCGCAAGAACAGAAGCAGCCACAAAACUGCUAGCCUCUUCCAUUUGGUCGCUUUAUGGAUGUUCAUCAGCAACAGCAGCAUUUCCAUAUGAAACCCACAAUCAAGGAGCUGAGGCAGAAGAUGAUGUGUACAGCAGGACGAGGAGAGAUUUGAUGAGUCUUCACGCAUCACAAGAAAGGCUUCGCACUGGGAUGACAGAACCUCAUACCACCGAGAAAGUGAAAGGCAUUGUGCUUGCACAUUUUUGACAUCUUAUGGGGUUGUUGGGCUGUAGAGUGUUUUGACACACUCGGCUGUGACCUAUCAUGGCCAGCAGAAUGGACAUAGCUACCCCAGUGUGUAUUAAAGGUUUAACGGGCCAAAACUGAGGAGACAAGUACCAGCAUGUAAGCUAAGUGAAGGGUGUCAUCACGGGGGUGUUUCACCAUAUAGUGUACUAAAGCAGAGGAGUCUUGGUGUGCCAAAGGGGUGUCUGCUUGGCAGCUGAGCGAUAACAUCUCCUCGAGGUUGAAUUGGCUGGCAGCCACACUACUUGCACUCUUCAGACUUGUCUGCCAUAAUGCAUCUGGCUGUGAUCUUCACCGAAUGCACAUUUCACUCACAUUUCCCAUAUUACACCACUGUGAUCUUCACAAACUGUCCUUUUUACUCACUUUGGUUCCUACUUUCCCAUAAUGCUUUUGUUUGGGAUCUGAUCUGUUUGUAUAUCCAGCUCCCAUUUAUCAUUAUUUUCACACUCCCAUAGAUCACUCACCAAUAACUGAUCUUAGUAUUCUGCUUACGUAUUUCACUUUUGUCUCCCUUGUAUUGUGUAGCUAGGCAUGGACCUUAAUAACAAGUCUAAGUGGCCACCGUAUUCGUAAGUGCAAACCUCAGACUUGGCUCUUGAAUUCCCUAAACAGGGAACAACAUGCCUGUCCCUAAUAAUUCCCCCAUUUUCCAUGCUCAAAUUAUUAUUGUCAACCUAUGCACAGCCAUGUACAAUACUAACAUCUCAACUUAGACUGAGACUUCCCAAAAUUCAUCAGAAACCACCCUACCCAUUUUCUGCAUACACUAAUAAAGAAAAUGACCAAAGGGAUGUUUGGUGUACAACUGUCUCCUCCAUUCUCAGUGUAGUUGCCAAAUUAGGAAAAUACACAGUCAUUUAAAAAGUUGAAAGUGUGCUACCACCGUGUAAACACUUAUGUCUAGCAGGUGAAUGAGAGACCUCUGCUGGGCUCUUUUUACUGUUUAUGAGCCUCUCAGGACUUGGAUCCCUCUAGUAUUGAGUUGUUGACACCAUGACAGUUUACGCUAUAUAUAUUUAAUUUUACGUGUAAUCUAUUCGCUCUCACAGCUUGUAUUACCAAUAAUGAACCUAUUAUACAAAUCAAUUAAAUCUGCAAUCAUGACCACAGAAAAAGGGUUGGAAAACUCUUGAGCUCUGGCUUAUUUCAUUUAAAGCACAAAAUAGGCAGUUGUGUGAAUUGCCUGUAGGCACUUUGUUUAAAGUGCUUUGUUUGUGCCAGUUUAAUUAUUUUAGUAGACCCCUCACAGGUUAUCACACUGCAGUUGAAUUUGUCCAGGACCCCCAGUUACUGAUGGACCUUUAUGUGGAGUCAGUUUAAUUAUUUUAGUAGACCCCUCACAGGUUAUCACACUGCAGUUGUAUUUGUCCAGGACCCCCAGUUACUGAUGGACCUCUGAGUGGAGCCAGUUUAAUUAUUUUAGACCCCUCACAGGUUAUAACACUGCAGUUGUAUUUGUCCAAGACCCCUCAGUUACUUUUGGACAUUUGUGUGGAGCCAGUUUAAUUAUUUUAGUAGGUCCCUCAUAGGUUAUCAAAUUGCAGUUGAAUUUGCCCAGGACCCUCCAGUUACUCAUGGACCUCUGAGUGGAGGCAGAGUGUGUUUUAAUAAUCCAUGUCAUUUCAGGACAGACAAUUUAUAGCCUCUGAUUUAGAACUUAACCUCCAGGAAGUUGUAGUAAAAUCUUUGUAGACACAGCAGAACUAUGCAAACUCCACACAAUAACAAGGCAAAUGUGCAAAUUCUACAGUGACUGGAAACAAAUCUGACAUUUGAGCCCAAGGAUAUAUAUUUAUAUGAAUAUAUUUAUAGGUUUGUGUGUGUGUAUAUACACCACGUAUGUGUACAUAUUUAAUGCAGAGACAUACAAUAUAUUUCACUUACUGUAUAUGGCAUUAUAGAUGGAAUGUUCUGAAAAAAAAGAUAUAUUGUUAAAGAAAACAUUCUUCAUUCAUUCAUUUAGAUCAGGGGUUCUCAGACUCGGUCCUGG